CGCUGGUCUGUCGGUCAAGCAUCAGGCUGCUCGAUGCGACUGCGUGCAGUGCACCUAGCUUGGCACAGAGUUCAAGGAUCGAUUAAGGCGUGCGAGCUAUCGAGCUCAAGGGUGUUCGCCAUGGACAGUUCCAACUUUCGCCUGUCAAAUAGCUCCGCUUGGGCAGCGCGACCGAAGCCAGCCGAGUUUCAGCUUCCUUCCCGCGUCUGCUCCUUCUCGCUAGACUCAGAGCGUGCUUUACAUCUUGACGACAGACAGAAGAAAUUCUAUAGGCCUCCCGCUGAUGCACUGAGAAGAGGGCCGCUGGAUUUGAACCAUGGAUUCGAUCAAUACAUUUCUCGCAAUAACAUGGGUCCUGAGAGACUGGACGCAUUGCUAACUUCUCUCCAGCAUGAAGCGUCAAAUGAUGCUGCCGUAGACGCUCAGCUACGACGAGCUGCCAUCAUCACUUGGCGGGGAAUUGUGACAAAACUCUGCACAGCGCUGUAUGCAGAUCGCGAUGGGUUUGAAUUGAACGCUCAGAUGGUUGGCGACACCAUCUUCCUAGAGGAACACGUUUCGGCAGUUCGACAGACAGAUAUUGAGCGUCAAGGAAGCGACGCCCGGUCCAAGCUCUUCUCAUAUUAUGGAUACAGCUUUGAGAGCUACUUCUCCUCCGGUCCUUCGCCGGACAGCAACUGCUCGGUUUGGAGCGGCGACGUAAAUACAAACGAGCAAUGGUGCCAAGUCGUGAAGACAAAACUGGGACGGGCGAGACUGCUGAUUGGCGGCGAGGUCGAUUGCGUGGGAUCCAAAGGCGAAAUGGUAGAGCUCAAGACGAGCAUGCUCAUCCGGAACGCCAGAGACGAGGAGAGAUUCGAGACUAAAAUGCUUCGCUUUUAUAUGCAAUCGUUUCUGCUAGGUGUCUCGACCGUCGUGGUAGGCUUUCGAGAUCACAAGGGAAUGUUACAAGCGUAUCAAGAAUUCAAGACGCUGGAAAUACCACGUUUGGUACGUGGAAAGCCUCAUGCGUGGGAUCCAAAAGCGUGUUUGAACUUUGCAGCCGCUUUGUUGGACCACAUAGAGCGUCUCAUGCGAACUUCGAAGACAAAUCAGACCGCAGCUUCUCCAAAUGUGUGGCGAAUCACUUGGCAGCCAGGACAGCCGGAAGUGGCCAUGCGACAGCUGAGCGAGAAACAGAUCGCAGAGGAUAUUACCAAGGGCGAGCAAGCACGGUUCGGCAUACUACCCCGAGAAUUUGUCAACUUUUUGCAAAGUUCUCAGGCAAGUCAUGUGACUCCUUGGACUCAGUGAUGGAAAUUACACCGUAGCGUAAUCAUUGCAACGC